CAUCGGCAAACCAUAGCUCGAGCUCAUUUCCCCAGACUGGAGUUGCUCGACCCGCCAUUACACCACAUCCGAGGGACAGCGACAUUGUACACGGUUCGAGCAUCCCGAGGUCAUUGCAUUUGCUGCUCGUGACGACACGCAACAGUUUGGAUCGCCAAGUCCUCUCGAACCAUCGACAUGUCCUCUUGAAACCGACUCCUUUCAAUUCCUGAGCGAAUUCCCCUCCACAGUUCGAAUCACUCCGCAGAGGCACCAGUACCUGCCGCACAUCAUGUCUUCACGCAAGAACCUGCAGACGACGUCUGCAGAAAUCUCGCUUGUUCAUCUCAAGAACUGUCUUGUCAACCUCCCUACCUCUCUCGUCAAUCUUCUUGUCUCUAUAAAUACGCCCGCACAAAAUGUCAUUGUCCAACUCCAAUACCGCGUUCCCGCUCCCACCAACGGCACGGCGCUGCCCGGCGUUGCUUCGGUACAGCGAAAUAUCUACCUAGGCUGGACAGGUAUGCCCAGCAGACCCAAAACGGCUCCUCUGGUUGGGCGCGACAGCAUCACCAGUGGCCGAGCCGGUGGCCGGGAACAAGAGAUCGCAUCUGUGGAAAUAGACGCGACCCUCGCUGGCACUCUUGGCAUCAGCGAUGGCACAAAAGUGAUGGCCACACUCCACCUCGAUCCGCCCCUUGCGCACACGGUCAACAUCGAGCCAUUGACACCGGAGGACUGGGAGAUUAUAGAGCUGCACGCGACAUUCCUCGAGCUCAACCUGCUCUCUCAGAUCCGCGCUCUGCCGAAUCCCUCGUUCUCCCCCGCUCCCGGCCAAUCAGCGGCUGCGCACCCUUUGACCCUGCACCUUUCGCCCACUUCAACAGCCAACAUCAAAAUCUUGAGCUUGGACCCGGCGCCAGCAAACGACGUUGCGUUUGUCAAGAUCGCGCCGGAUGCGGAAGUUAUUGUGGCUCCCAAGGUGCGCGCGAAGCCUACGCGAACCAGCCGCGCCGCGGGUAGCGUCGGAUCCCGGCGCAGUGGGAAGAGCACGGCAAGCACCGUCCGAAGAAAAUCUAAUCGGGAAGAGAAGAGACCAAGUUUAUUCCUUCGCGGUAUCGACCGUACUCUGUGCACGGAAUGGUUCGACGAGCAGCCAGCCCCCCACGAGCUCGCGGUCUGGGUCGAUAGAGACCUUCUUCAAUCCAAAGACUUUCGUGGUGUCAACUGGGUGGCAGUCAGCUUCGUGAAGCCUAGUGGACUGCAGCCACCUCUUGACCCCUCAAAGCAGCAACAGGAGACAGUGGCCGAAGGGGCGAAAGCCAGCGAGAAGAUCAUUGCUGCUCUGCGACCUUGGGACGACCCUCCUACAAGCCAGACAGCUGCGUUGUCUUCACCACUAUGCGCAUCCCUUGGCUGUGACGGCGUCGUGGGCGGCAUCGUCAAGCUCGAGGCUGCACCUCUACCACUUUCUCGAAGCACCAUACAACAGGUGAAGCUUUUUCCCUUCUCGACUAUCACGACUACCACCACUUCGAGUCUCAAAUUUGGCGGCGAAUCCAAGGCUGAGAAGGAAGAGGCCGCCAAGAUGAUCUCGCGCAUCUACGGCAAGGGUCUUCUGCAAGGACCGCUCACGGAUGGAAUGGUGCUGGGCGCCUACGACGGUCUUGAGCUACCGAAGUCAUGGGAAGGCGGAGUCCUUAAAAUCGACCCACCGAGCCUGAACACGACAACAAGAGAAAGCUUGAGCUGGUGCCUAGGCUCCGAGCGCCAAUAUCCCAUUGAGGUGCAACCACCGAUAACUAGACCGACAUGGCUCGAAGACGAGAGGCUGGACAAUAGCCUGCCGAAAGAACCACUGAACCUUGUCGGCAUCGACUCCCUGUUGGAAAGUGUUCGAUCACAUCUAGCGCACAUGUCCUCGGUCCUCCUGACCGGGGCUCUUGGAUCAGGCAAGACGUCCGUUGCACAAAGCCUCGCAAAGACCCUGAAGGAAGACUUCUUAUUCCACACCACCUACUUCCCUUGCAGAACCCUUGUCAAUGAUGAGAGCCGCAUUUCAACAAUCAAGGAGACUCUCAAUCGUGUUUUCAUGGGCGCCAGCUGGGGUGCUAGAUUAGGUGGUCAGGCCCUUGUGAUUCUGGAUGACCUGGACAAGCUCUGCCCAGUUGAGACGGAACUACAGGUUGGCAACGACAACGGCCGAAGUCGACAAGUCAGCGAAACGAUAUGUGCAAUUGUCCGCCAGUAUUGCAACAGAGAGACAGGUGUCGUUUUACUUGCUACGUCACAAGGCAAGGACUCUUUAAACAAUGUCGUUAUCGGCGGCCACGUAGUGCGAGAAAUCGUCGAUCUCAAGGCGCCGGAUAAGCAGGCACGAAGACGGGUGCUUGAAACGGUAGUAAAGCAACUCACGAUAGAGUUUGAACCGUCUCACAGCGACGACAGUGAUCGAAGCCGCCCGACCACAGCUGACGGCAGCAACGACAGCAACAUCGGAGACGACGGUGGCGCAUGGAUGGACACCACCGCGCCGUCAAGCAAAAUGAAAACAAGUACAAAGAAAAGAUCGGACGGUUUCCUGCUGGAUCCAAGCCUCGACUUCCUCGAUCUUGCGGGAGAGACCGACGGCUAUAUGCCUGGUGAUCUCUUGCUUCUGGUGUCGCGUGCUCGCAACGAGGCUCUUAUUCGAUCUGUCAGCGAGUCGACCUCUUUCAAAUCACUAGACAUCGCCCAGUUGAGCAGACAGGAUUUUGACAGCGCACUAAAGGGGUUCACGCCUGCCUCUCUCCGAAAUGUCACACUUCAGACGUCUACCACCACAUUUGACUCAAUCGGAGGACUGCAGGAGACACGCCAGGUGCUGUUGGAAACCCUCCAAUAUCCAACAAAGUACGCUCCAAUCUUUGCCCAGUGUCCUCUCCGCCUACGCUCAGGAUUGUUGCUCUAUGGCUUUCCCGGCUGUGGCAAAACACUGUUGGCGAGUGCAGUGGCUGGGGAGUGUGGACUCAACUUCAUUUCGGUGAAAGGCCCCGAGAUCUUGAACAAGUAUAUCGGCGCAAGUGAAAAGAGCGUUCGCGACCUGUUUGAGAGGGCUUCUGCAGCCAAGCCCUGUGUGCUCUUCUUCGAUGAGUUUGACUCCAUUGCACCGAAGCGAGGUCAUGAUUCUACCGGCGUGACUGACCGUGUCGUCAACCAGCUGCUCACACAGAUGGAUGGCGCAGAAGGUCUAUCUGGUGUGUACGUGCUUGCUGCAACGUCACGUCCUGAUCUCAUUGAUCCCGCUCUACUCCGGCCUGGCCGGCUGGACAAGAGUUUGCUCUGCGACUUUCCCAACCAAGAAGAUCGCAUUGAUAUCAUGAAAGCCCUUGGCAAGAAGGUGAAGCUCAGUGAUGAGAUUCUUGGGUCAGAAGAGAUCCUGGAAGAAAUCGCCCGUCGUACAGAAGGCUACUCUGGUGCUGACCUUCAGGCCUUGAUGUCCAACGCGCAGCUUGAGGCGAUUCAUGAUGUACUGGCCGAUCUCGAUCUCAACGCUGGUAGCGGCAACAAGAGGGGGUCUGCAGCAGCAAAGACCUCGGCUAGCUUUCGCUCUGCUCGUAAUUUUGUCCAGUUUCGAUAUGGAGCAGAUGCGUCGGCCGCAGAAGCAGAUGAGCGCUCCAAGAGGGGAUACAAUAGGUCGACAGAAAUUGCAGAGAAUGCAGCCAUUGCGGCCAAAUUGGCCGAGAUCAAGGCAGCUCGUAAGCGGGCAAAGGCUCACCAAGUAUCUACUGGUGGAGGGCAGGCUGGCAAUUUCGCGAAUGGCACGACCGGGAAGGAUCACGAUGGUGGAGGUGAGGUGAGGAUAGCAUGGAAGCACAUGAGCAAGGCUCUCGACAGCACUCGUGCCAGUAUCAGCAGCCAGGAGAGGAGAAGGUUGGAACGCAUAUAUCACGAGUUUGUGGUGGGACGCAGCGGUGAAAUGAAGGACGGGCAAGGGAGUAUGGAGAUUGGCGGGCGAAGCAGCUUGAUGUAGACUUGGAGCUCAUGAUGAAUCAUAGAAAACCAUUCAAACCAGG